AUGCGACUAGAAUCGGGAUAUAAUCAAGAGAGUGAAAUACCGGAGAGGUUUAUCUACAAAGAUGAUAAAGAUAAUAGUCUGUGUUGUUAUAUCACAAAUUUUGAAUUUGUAGAUCUUAAAACUAAAGAAAUGAAAGAUCCCGAUUAUAUUAACAAAGUUUCUUCAAUGUGCUUGUUUGGAAAUUUGGUUGAGCCCAAUUCUAGAACAACAAGCUCGGGAUUAGAUUUAGGGAGGUUCUUUGUUAAAGUUGUGAAUAUAUCUCAAUGGGCUUUUGCUUAUGAGUCGGAUUGUAACGGACUUUGGAUUGAAAGUAGCAAAUAUUGGUAUAAAUUACUUCAGCCUUCCACAGAAUAUCAACCAAUGUAUGCCCCUUUUGAACGACGUUGCAAUCUCUGGUUCUUUUUAAGAAAAUAUUUAUCUGGUUGGGUAGAUGAGUUAGAUGAACUCAAAGAGUCCGACUCUGAAUUUGAGCAGAAAAGAAAGUCUUUAACAUUGGACAAGGUUAUAGAAGAAUUGAAGAAAAAUAAUUUUACUGAGGCUGAUCUCAUCAACAAUGCACGCUUCAUUAUAGACAAAAUUAAUGAAGACGAGAAUGAAUUUGCACUGGACGACACUAACGCAGCAUUGUUACCUCCUUUCAUGUCUGAAUUGCUUGACAGAGCUAACAACGGACCAGUCAUUACAGACGAAGUCUCAACUUAUGAUAGUGAUGAUUAUGAGGAUUUUAAGAUCGUAAUAGAUGAUGAAGAAGACUCAGAAGAGGACGUAGAAGAAGACUCUGAAUAUCUUCAAGCGAUUGAAGAAAGUGAUGAAACGGACAACGAAGAUGAAACCUUUGAACCUGCAACGAAAAAAAAGAAGCCACUCAAAUCAGAUCAGCAGCUCAAUAGCAAUGGAAAAAGUAAAAAAAAGAAGGUCAACAAUCAAGAAAGGUCUAAGAAAAAGAACCAAGACGACUCUGGAUCAGAAAGAGAAGAAGAGUCAACGAAAAGAAAAAAGACUCGAAAACAAAGAUUUUCAACUGAGUAUAAGCCUCCUUCAUGGCUGCCAACCAUGGAUAGCUUACUCUCGACAGAAUUUACACCAGAUCUAUUUAGGCUACUGACGACAAAAUAUGAGGAUGGCGUUGAACCGACCCAAUGCCGAGAGUGCUAUAAACGGAGAGUUGCUUGUACUAAGGAAAGACCUUUAUGUGGCAAUUGUUUGGAGGCUGGUACGAGAUGCAACUAUCCUUUAUUAUUAGAUUGUACGCCUUGUUUUCAUUGUUCCAUGAUAGGAAGAAAAGUCUGUGAUCGUGGACGACCAAUUUGCAGCAAUUGCAAAGAACGGGGAACUGAAUGUUUUUAUCCGGUGAGUAAGGAUCGCUUUACACAUAUUGCCGAAAAAAGGAUUCAACAGGCAAGAAGAAAAUACGCUCAAGAGCACCCAACAGAACAACCUGAGUAUGAAAUUGAAUCAAACAAUAUUGAUUAUUGGAAAAUGCAAGCCGAGCUGGAGAAAGAAGAGGCAGCUAAAUUGAGGAUUAAAGUGGACGAAUUGACCAAAGAACUUGAAAAAUAUCACAAUCCACAAGCGGAAGGGGAUGAAAGUAUGAAUAAUACGUCCUAG